CAAGCCCAUCAGCUCAUUUCUAUCUCAGAUUUUUUUUGAAUUAGAGAACACCACAACACAAAAAGAAUGUUAAAAGCCGUGCACUAUUGUAAAUUCUUUUUGUGAACGAAGAGUCUGUCCAAGAGUUUUGUCGCAUAUAAUAUACGAUUCAUGAUCAUUUAAUGUUAAUUUACUCGCCGUUUCUCUUUGGUCGUGUGAUGUUCGAUUGAAAAGUUCAUUAUAUUUUGAUCUAAUUUUAUCACAUUUACUGAAUUGUUUUGAUACGAUAGUUAACCGACCGUUGUGAGUUAAGUCAGUAAUUGAGUUUUUAGUCACGUGAAAUUUGGAAAGGAUGUGUAUGUAGGAGCUUUUAAAUAGAGUUUUAAUUUCAAAUAAGCUUAAGAUGAGCUCAUCGAAAGUUCUGCAACGAUUCGUCCCAGGAGUUAGAUGGGCCAGAAACUAUUCAUAUGAAUAUGCAAUAUCAGAUGCAAUAGCUGGUAUAACAGUUGGGUUAACUGUACUUCCGCAGGCAUUAGCGUAUGCGACUCUAGCUGGAUUACAGCCACAAUAUGGUUUAUAUUCGGCGUUUGUUGGUUGCAUUGUGUACGCUUUUUUCGGUGGAUGUGCUGACUUGACCAUUGGGCCGACUGCACUACUAGCACUUAUGACUGGACGACAUACCGAACUGGGAGGCGAAUCUGGUCCACAUUUAGCAAUUCUAUUGUGUUUUUUGGCAGGUGUCGUUGAGAUGCUAAUGGCAUUUUUGAAGUUAGGUGCACUGGUUGAUUUAAUUUCUUUGCCAGUCAGUGUGGGAUUCACAAGUGCUACGGCUGUAAUCAUAGCAUCAUCACAGUUAAAGGGACUUUUAGGAAUCCAGGGUAAUUCAGCAACGGAUUUCAUAAGUACGAUUGGGUCAUUCUUUGGAAAUCUACAAAACACUCGACUAGGUGAUGCAGUACUCGGAAUCAGCUCCGUAAUUAUUCUUCUAUUACUUCGAAAACUAAAGGACAUUAAAGUUCCGGCUAAUGCGAAGAAAAAAAGACGAAUUUUUCACUCUGCGUUAUGGUUGAUUGCUACAGCUCGGAAUGCUUUGAUUGUAUUAGUGGCUAGUGUUAUUGCAUUUCAAUGUGAACGUUCAGGAACAUCUCCCUUUAUUUUAACCGGCACUGUUCGGAGUGGAAUUCCUGAUUUUGCAUUUCCACGAUGGCAAACGACUGUAUUAAGUGCAAAUGGAACUAUGGUCGAUAUGAAUUUAGGAGGGAUGAUAAGUGAAUUGGGAUCAUCAGUCUUAUUAGUUCCGGUUAUAGCUGUACUGGGCAAUGUAGCGAUUUCAAAAGCAUUUGGUGGUAGUGGUAUUGAUGCAACACAAGAACUGGUUGCUCUUUCUCUGGCUAAUGUUUUUGGAUCUUUUGUUUCAUCUAUACCAGUUACAGGCUCUUUCUCUAGAUCUGCAGUCAAUCACGCCAGCGGUGUCAAAACACCUUACGGUGGUCUGUACACAAGUGCGCUGGUACUACUGGCACUGGGAAUUUUAACCCCAUACUUCCGAUAUAUUCCGAAAGCAGCCUUGAGUGCUGUUAUAAUUUCGGCGGUAAUGUUUAUGAUUGAAUAUGAAGUCGUGAAACCGUUGUGGCGAUGUAACAAACGAGAACUUCUAACUGGAUCGGUCACAUUCAUCCUCAGUUUAAUUGUUGGGGUGGAAUUCGGUUUAUUAGCUGGAGUUCUCACAGACGUUGCCUUUGUCGUUCAGAGAGCUGCUAGACCCGGUCUAUCGAUUAAUAAGACAAAUACUGUUUCCAACAUCCAAUAUGUAUUGGUUAGGCCGAAGCAUAGCUUACUCUAUUUUCCGGCCGUUGAAUGGGUCCGUAAUGGCAUAUCGAAUGCUGUUAAACAACAUGGCAAUUUACCAAUGGUAUUGGAUUGCCGCAAUUUGAACGAAUUUGAUUAUACUGUGGUACGGGGCUUAGAAGCAUUAUACAAGGAACUUGGAUCAAUGAAAGUUCCACUAAUUUUAUUAGGAACUCAAGAGGCUGUGAAGAACAUACUGACAGGAGCCACUAAUGUCAACAUUCCCGAUGUUUCCAAUGAACAUGAAUUGGAUGAACUUUUGCAAGAAAUGUCAUCAGACGGCAUUAAGGAUCUAAAGGAAGUGCUGACUCCGCUUAUAAAGUGCAAGAAUCAAAAUCCACUGGUAUAAAACUGAUGACAUUGUUCAAUAAGUUAUGGUUUCCAUUGCUCAUUUGAAGAUAAUAAUGAUCGGUGUGGUAUUGGUAUAAUUAGAUCGAAUUUAUUUAAAAUUUGUACUCAGUCUUAUAAAUAAAAAGUUCACGUUUUUAUACGGAUAUUAACUGCUCGUACACAUAGCGACGCGAAAGAGGCCUAAUCCAAAUUUUUCUUUUGUAUUCCAGUCAAACUUGGCUGGAAUAUAAACAAAAUGGAUUAGGCCUCUUUCGCAUCGCUAUGUGUACGAGCAGUAAGUCUUAUGU